AUGCCUACUCUAGAAGAUAUAACCAAAGAUGCUCGUAAUUCAAUAGCAUUAGAAGACAUUAAAGAGCGUCUGCAGAAUCUAAAAAAGUAUUAUGAGCGUCUUCGUCUGGAAAAACAGUCAAAUACCAAUGAAAUACAGGCUGAGUCGAACACAAUUAUUGAGCAUGUUAAGUCCACCCGACUUAAAUUGAAUCAAUAUUUAGACUGUUUAGAAAAAGAAGUUCUUCAGAAGGAGAAAAAUGAAAAGAAGAAGACGAACAUUCUUGCAACCACUGCUCCACCUAAGUCUGUCAGUAGUACCAGCAGUGUAAAAUCAGCAAAGUACCUUGCAUCAGAAGAGGUGAUGAAGCAAGUCAUGAGCUUUACAUCAAGUUCAGAAGAAAUGUCUCCUGGGAACUCACCACCUAAACAAAGCUUAUCAUCUCAUAUUCAACCAACACCAUCUUCAUAUCCAGUUUCUUCUCAUUCAACAAGUCAUAACCAGUCAACUCCGUCUGAUAUUCAGCCAGCCAUUCUGUUGAAAACUCAUUGUCAGUCCGCUAUAUCUCCUGAGUCAGUAUUAUCUACAGAAGCUAAUUGUGAUAUAUUGUCAUUGUCACCUCCUCCGUCAGUACUUUCUACUCAACCAACUUCAUCUCAACAGUCACCACAUUCAUCAGUUCAAGCCGUAUUGUCACCCCCUCCGUCAGUACCAUCUACUCAACCAACUUCAACUCAACAGUCACCAUAUUCAUCAGUUCGAGCCGUAUUGUCACCUCCUCCGUCAGUACUUUCUACUCAACCAGCUUCAACUCAACAGUCACAACAUUCAUCAGUUCAAGCAGUAUCUCAGUCAUCUUUUCAGUCAGCGACACCUUGUAAUUAUGUUUCUACUAAAUCUACUCAUUCAGCACUGUAUAACCAGCCAUCUAUUCAGCCUGAUAUUCAACAACCACUGACCAACUCAAUAUCUGACAUACAGUCUACAUUUCACAGUCAGUCAACUACAUUCCAUUCUCCAGGAUCUACACAGUCACCAACAUUCUCUACUCAGCAGAUAUUUGUAGCAGAACCAUUUGUACCAAUGGUAUCUUCAGCUUCAGAGAAUUCUACUCCAUUAUCCAUGUCAUCUGCAAGACAAGGAACAAGUUUCACAGAUGAUCCAACUGAUUCUUCGGACAUUCUAUCUAACAGCAAUUUUCAGCAUAUAAUAUCAAGCCCAGAAUCAGCACGUCUUCUACAGAGUAUUAUGAAGGACAACAUAAAUACAACACCAUCCUGCCAAAUGGUACACCACUGCAGUUACCUUGACAGAAUUGAGAAGACAAUGAAUGAAGUUCUCAGAGUAUUGAUAUCAAUUCAGUCUCUCAAUCCUGUACAAAUUCAGGUCGUUGACGUAGUGACAAGUAACACAGAUUCUAUCCAUCAAGUCAUUCCUUAA